CAUUUUUGUUUUUUUAUUUUUUAAGCGAUUAUUUAACUUUAAAUAGAAUUUUAUAAUCUAAAAUCUGAAAUGACCAUGUUAUGAUGUUCAGUUACAUCAGCGCAAACUAUAUAAAAAUAUCUCCAUGAAAUCAACACAAGUAACGUACAUAUCAAAGUAGAAAUGAACUUUAGACCAUUUACUGAGUAGAAGAACGAAGUAUUAACCAAAUAAUCAAAUUGUAUACGUAAGAAAUUGAAUAGUGAAUGUAUUGAUAGAUAUUGUAGAAAGAAAUUAAUUAUAACUUUUAGUUGUAUAAUUUAUCGAUCUGUUUAUCAGUUAAUAAUGACACGAGCACUUGUAGGUGUGAAGAGAGUUAUCGAUUAUGCAGUUAAGAUUCGUGUCAAACCAGAUAAAAGAGGUGUUGUAACAGAUGGAGUAAAACAUUCGAUGAACCCUUUUGAUGAAAUUGCAAUUGAAGAGGCGGUACGAAUGAAAGAAAAGAAAUUAAUAGAGGAGGUCAUUGCAGUUUCAUGUGGUCCCUCGCAAUCUCAAGAUAUAAUAAGAACUGCACUUGCAAUGGGUGCUGAUAAGGGAAUUCAUGUUGAAGUAUCUGGACCUGAAUAUGAAACUUUGCAACCUGUUCAUGUUUCUAAAAUUUUAGCCAAAUUAGCUCAAGAGGAAAAAGCAGAUUUGAUUAUUGUUGGAAAACAAGCAAUAGAUGAUGAUAGUAAUCAAACUGCACAAAUGGUUGGAGGUAUUUUGGAUUGGCCAACUGGAACAUUUUGUAGCAAGAUUGAAAAAAAUGAUAGUGAACUAACAGUAACGCGUGAAGUUGAUGGAGGUUUAGAGGUUGUUAAAAUAAAGAUGCCAGCAGUUUUAAGUGCUGAUCUACGACUUAAUGAACCACGAUAUGCUACAUUGCCAAAUAUUAUGAAAGCUAAAAAAAAGCCAAUUAAAAAACUAACAGCAAAAGAUCUUGGUGUAGAUACUUCAGCGAGAAUUGAAAUUUUGUCUGUUGAAGAACCACAAGUCAGACAAGCUGGAGUUAUUGUACCAGAUGUUGAUACAUUAAUUGUAAAAUUAAAGGAAAGUGGACAUGUAUAAUUAUUCUAUUAUUGAAAAAUAUUGUUGAAACUA